AUGGCGCCCGGCGAGCUCGCUUCUCAUACCCUGAUAACCUAUCCCACGGAGACCUUCUCCUCCACAGUAAUCUCGGUCCCUCUGACGGAGCCGCAGAUUCAUCUCCUUGUCAAGAACAAACUCAUUCCAUUGUUACCCUACCCGCUGGUCGUCGUGCGCCGUAUUCAAUGGGAACUUCGCCACCCAUCCCCGGCCGCACAAGUCUAUCUGGCACUAUACGCUUUAACCUCGUUUGACGUUACGCCCACGACCUCUCGCACUGAGCUUCAAUCACAACUCACAAGCUGGCUUUCCGAACCGGCGACCUCCCCACCGCCUCCUACGGCCCCAUUCCUAGUAUCGUACCUGAAUCUUCUUCCUGCCGGACAGACGCAAUCUUGGGUCUUCAGUACCAGCGAGAUCCCUCCUUCGCACGCGCCACCUUUCGCCAGCUUCGCAAACGCAUUGGAGGUCUUGACCGGCGACACUGUUCCCCUCGUGGCAUCUUACCCGCCACCCCCAUCAGACCCCAUCACAUAUCCACCAACUCAGCCGGCCACGGCACCGAUACCCUUGCUACGCCACCUCUUCACCCACAUUCUUACGCAUCUCAUCCCCCAGCGCCCAGCCGAGCCGCCCGCAGAUUGGCUCUGGCUUCGCGACAACAAGAAGUACCUCUCGCAGCCGUACUCGACGCGCAAAGUCCUUUUCGGCUCCAUUCACUCCAGCCUCAUACCAUGGUUCAGCCUGCCCAGCACCACGAGACGUGAUGGCCAGUAUGUGAAGCUACUGAUGCCGCCUGGGGCAUGGGAUCCAGCCGCAAACGCAUCGCGAGUAGCGCCCAGGGUGGAUUUCAGCGGCGCGCCUUUCGGUUAUGAGCUCGGCACGCUCGUUGACGCGGAACUGCAAACCGUGUUGGACCGCUCGCCUAUACCGCGCACGCUGGGUACGUUGCGCGAGAUGCCGAAUGUUGGGCUCUAUACAUCGACCGGGCCGAGGGAGUGUGUAGGUUGGGGAUUUCUCUCCAAAGAUGGGUCGCUGUCCUCGCUGCAUGUGGAGGAGGCGCAUCGCAAGAAAGGGCUGGCGACGUGUCUUGGUCGGGAGCUGUUGGCCUUACAGGCCCAGCAUUUCUCCGUGAAGGGCGUAGAGGACGCGUACGGCGCGUGGUGGGGCAUGGCGGAUGUGGAGGAGAAUAAUGUGUCGAGCCGAAGGGUGAUGGAGAAGCUGGGCGCCGAAGUGUGGUGGGGGAUACAGUGGGUGGAGAUCGAUGUCGGUAUCGUCUUGGGUGGAUUGGAGAAAGUCGAGGUCUGA